AUGACUGCGGGGCGCCUUUGUUGCCUGUGGCCGGCCUUCGAAUCUCUGGGCGCCUCCCCAGAACUUCUCACACCUUCACAAGCGGGUAACAAGUGGAGACCAGUCAAUACACCCAGCACUUCCACAGCGUACAAAUCACCACAAUCAUCGGGUUUCCGUUCCAAGGCCCGUCCUCUGGUCUUUUCGACUCUAACUCUCAUCUCUGUGGUCGUCGCAUUUGUCUUAGGUCUUCCUCAGAGUCACUUUUUACAACUUUACACAAAGCCCUCAGGUUCAUUAAGAAUGGGUGCUGCUGGCUCAGUCAUUCCUGCAGUUGUUGCAGCAGCAGGAGCCAUCCCCGGUAUCCUUGGCGCAGUGCGGGGCAGCAAAGUCAAGGAAAACCCGACGAUGGCCACCAUCGAGGGGCAGCUCAAAAAUGCGGAGGCAGAGAAACUCAAGGCCCAGAAGCAGGCGGAGCAGUUCGAACGAGAGGUGCAGGCGCAAAAGGAAAGGAUCAAAAACCUGCAGGAUGCAACAGACAGAACGAGUCAACUUGUCGAACAGCUGGAAAGGGAAAGGCAAGCGCAGGCCGAGAGAAGCAGGGUCCAGCAGGAGGAGGUCGAAAGAGCGACUCAGACGGCAGCGCAAUUGCAGAGGGAGAAGCAAGAGCAAGCCGAAAUUGCCCAACGAGAACGGGAGGCAGCUCAGAGGGCUGCUCAGGCUGCUAAGGAGUUGCAAGAGCAGGUGCGCAAGAAGGAAGAAGAGAUGAAGAAGGUUUUGGAGGUCCAGAAGGAGAUGGAGGCGAAGUGGAAGAAGGGGAUCCAUCCGGUUGAGUGGCCUUCUCGCGAGCAGUACGAGGCGAACAAACAACGUUUUUACAAGGAGGGAAAGUUCCAUCUCGCCAUCGCUGGAAUUUCGGGGACGGGAAAAUCGUCUCUUAUCAAUGCCUUUCGAGGCAUUUGGGACGAUGAGCAAGGCACCGCUGCGACGGAUAUCGUUGAAAGCACGUCGGUGGUUACUCCUUACCCUGAUCCGAAUCCUGCCAACCCUUUCAUUUGGUUCGAUGUCCCAGGUUCGGGAACACUCGCGUGCUCAGACUGGACCUACUUUAAUGACCAAGGACUCUAUAUCUUCGACGCCAUCAUCGUCUUAUUUAAUGACCGCUUCACCGCCACCGACAUCGCCAUCUUGAAGAACUGCGAGCGAUACAAAAUCCCGACCUACAUCGUUCGUUCUAAAUCUGAUAUUCACAUUGAGAAUCUCAUCAAGAAGAAAAGGCGGGGAGCUGGCGCGAAGAAUGACCCUGCCAAGAUUCUUGACGAGGCUCGCAAGGAGUACCUCUCUAAGACGCAGGAGAGUGUUAGGUUGAAUCUGAUGAAGAACGAUCCUCCGAUACGCUCGCAGAAGAUGUAUGCUGUCUCACGAGAUACGCUGACUAUGGUUGUUCGGGAGGAGCUGGUUGAGGAUAGUCUUGUGCUGAACGAGGUCGAGCUGCUGAGGGAUAUCCUUCAGGAUGCGUAUUCGCGACGAUCGGAGAAGUCGUACAGUUCCAUGGCGGAUCUCAUGAAAAAAGCCGGCAUGGAUAUCCUCCGUUUCUUUACCAACUAA